AUGUCAGUUGCACUGGCAGGCAAGGAGGCUGGCCCAGUCGGUUUUGGAUUGAUGGGCCUCACCUGGCGCGAGCCACCAACUUCAUACGAUGACGCCACAAAGGUCAUGAAAGCAGCCUUAGACCACGGCGCAAAUUUCUGGAAUGCCGCCGAAUUCUACGGCCCUCCAAACGCCAACUCCCUCCAACUUCUAAACCACUACUUUGCCCAGCAUCCUGAGGAUAGCAAGAAAGUUGUCCUUAGUAUGAAAGGUGGAUUCACCCCCACCGGCCCGGAUUGCAGCGCCGCCGGCAUCAAAAGGAGCGUCGACAACUGCCUUAAGCUUCUUGAUGGCAAGGCCUUCAUCGACAUCUUUGAGCCCGCGCGCAUUGAUCCUCAAACACCAAUUGAGGAGACGAUGCAGGCCCUGGCCGAGUACGUGAAGGCCGGGAAGAUUGGCGGCAUUGGACUUAGCGAGUGUAAUGCGGACACUAUCCGCCGCGCUCAAGCGGUUCAUCCUCUUGCAGCCGUGGAGGUUGAGAUGUCAUUGUUUUCGACUGACCCCCUUAGCAAUGGCGUCGCCAAGACAUGCGCUGAGUUAAAUAUUCCCCUUGUUGCUUACGCGCCGCUCUCGCGGGGCUGGCUGACGGCCCAGAUUCGCAAACUAGCUGAUAUCACGGAGAAUGAUGACCGCCGGAAUUACCCACGUUUCCAGCCGGAUGUCUUUGAUUUGAAUCUAAAGCUGGUAGAGGAAAUCGAGAAGUUGGCGCAGAAGAAGGGCUAUACUAUGCCUCAAGUUGCGAUUGCUUGGGUUGCCGCUCAAAGCAAAAAGGGGGGCAAUCCCACGAUUAUCCCAAUCCCUGGAUGUACUACUGUUGGCCGAGUCCAGGAAAAUUUGAAGCGUGUUUCUCUCGAUGAGAAGGAUAUGUCCGAGCUUUCCCAAAUGCUGGCCAAGAUUACGGUCCAUGGAGAUCGAUACGGGGGCCACCUCACGAAGUAUAUGGAUUUGUGA